AGACCAACAUGCGCAAGAGCAUGAUUUGGAUGAUGGCUACAUCUAGAAAAUAUAAAGUUGGAUGAGGGUUUACACGCAAAAGCCUAUUACCGUUUUUUUUUUUAACAAUAUUUUUUCUUAGGAUGGUGAAGUGGUAAGUUGAAGGAUGGAAGAGAGGAACAAGUGCUGGCCGUGUCGUCUCACAUGGCCUCGCUGCCGCCGCUGGGACCUCGGCAUCAUCCGGACCGCCAGGCCUUGAACCUCGCCGCCGUUCCUCACCGCCCGGAGAUGGCCGAAGACAAGCAAGCAUCUAUUAUUGAGGGGAAUGAUCCGGUCACUGGUCAUAUCAUCUCCACCACCAUUGGAGGCAAGAAUGGCGAACCGAAGCAGACCAUUAGUUACAUGGCAGAACGGGUUGUGGGGACUGGUUCUUUUGGUAUAGUCUUUCAGGCCAAAUGCUUGGAAACAGGGGAAACUGUCGCAAUAAAGAAGGUCUUGCAGGACAGAAGAUACAAAAAUCGUGAGCUACAGUUAAUGCGCUCGAUGGAUCAUCCUAAUGUGAUAACUUUGAAGCAUUGUUUCUUCUCCACCACGACCAGAGAUGAGCUCUUUCUCAACCUAGUCAUGGAAUAUGUUCCAGAAACCCUGUACCGUGUCCUUAGGCACUACAGCAAUGUGAACCAGAGGAUGCCACUCAUCUAUGUGAAGCUAUAUACAUAUCAGCUAUUUAGGGGGUUAGCUUAUAUUCAUACUGGUCCAGGAGUUUGCCAUAGAGAUGUCAAGCCCCAAAAUGUGUUGGUGGAUCCUCUUACUCACCAAGUCAAGCUUUGUGAUUUUGGAAGUGCAAAAGUUCUGGUUAAAGGCGAAGCAAACAUAUCGUACAUCUGCUCUCGUUAUUACCGUGCACCAGAGCUCAUUUUUGGUGCAACAGAAUAUACAACAUCAAUUGAUAUAUGGUCAGCAGGCUGCGUUCUUGCUGAGUUACUUCUUGGCCAGCCAUUGUUUCCUGGAGAAAGUGCUGUUGAUCAGCUUGUUGAGAUAAUCAAGGUUCUUGGUACUCCUACACGAGAGGAGAUUCGGUGCAUGAAUCCUAACUACACGGAGUUUAGGUUUCCACAGAUAAAAGCACACCCUUGGCACAAGAUUUUCCACAAGCGAAUGCCCCCAGAAGCAAUUGAUCUUACGUCACGUCUUCUCCAAUACUCGCCGAGUCUUCGCUGCACUGCACUAGACGCAUGUGCCCAUCCUUUUUUUGAUGAGCUACGAGAGCCUAAUGCACGAUUGCCAAAUGGUCGCCCUCUUCCGCCUUUGUUUAACUUCAAACACGAAUUGGCGGGUGCCUCACCUGAGCUCAUUAACAAGCUAAUUCCAGAAUAUGUAAGGAGGCAAUCAGGUCUCAGUGUCUUGCAUUCAGCGGGGACGUAACAAAGUUUUUAGGUCUUUUCAACUAUAUUGUGAUCAAAAGCAAGAGGGAGAUUUGAUGGUUUUGGUGCACUGAAAAAUGCUUAGCAAGCGAGGUGGUUCGCAGGAUGGAAAGCUAAACCAGCAGUGCUGCUGGUUUGUUUGGAUGGCUCUUAACAUACCGUCCUACCUAUAUUUUUAGGCUCUGUAUAUUGUAUGGUGUCAAAGAUCAUUGUGAACUGAAUGCUGUAGUUGUCGAUGCCAAGUGUCCAAAAGUCCAACAAGCGUGGUGGAGAAGUAGGGACAGGUUCUUCGUGGGAUCGCAUUGCUGUUUGUGUUGGACAGCGUUGAAAUUGUCUCGUGUCUCAUUUUAUGUUCCACGGUAGUUUGUAAGUGCAUGUGGCUUGUAGGCUAUUUUAUGUAUAUGCAUGUUCCUAAGUCCAGAGUUUUGAAGCCAUGGAGCUGGAAGUUCAAAAUUUCUGUAAUGCUCUAAUUAAUGGAGAUGUCAAACUUGCCCCGAAGAAUUGAUUUAACAUUGUUGUCUCCUGUGGGAAGUUUAUCAAUCCCCACCUAUGAUACACGGUUUUGACCAGCCCAGUGCUGUUUUAUGGUUAAUAUAUUGGAAUAUGUCUGGUGUGAUUGUAAGGAAUUUUCUUGUUAUAUAUAUAAAAAAGGAGGACAUUUAAAAGCAAA